AUGUCUGAGCUUGACUUGAAGCCGCCUGUACGCCAAACACGGACUUCGCUCUUCCGAACUCAGACUAGGUCUUCGCCGAUCAAUCUACCUCCUUCACCAUCGCCAACAGAUUCGGAGAGUGAGUCUCAAAAGCGCAACGGCACCGCUCGUCCACAACGAAGUUGUUCCGUGAAUCACACAGUCCACAAAACUUUCCUCGAGCCAAUAUGCGAUGACUGCCUACUUGCAGAGUUGGGCGUGUCGGCCCUUCGCAGCAACCAAGACCCCGAACAGCCCACCGAAGAGACUCAUCACUCAUUCCAUGACAAGUUGAUUUGGGAGAGCGACGUCAAGAUCGAGGUCGACCACGAUGGUAGACAAGCAAAUCGAGAAAUAGACUCUAUCGGUCAUAAUCAUCUGCUGAGUGAGGAUACAAUAAUCCUUGAAAGCAAUGUCGAAGUCCGGGUCUCGGACGUGUCGAGCUCCAGCAACCUUCCCAUAGCCUCACAAGGACUCAAGCCCACUCCAGCCUCAUCAACUCCCUCGUUCGGAGAUGCCGACUCGGAGUCGUCAAAACCAGGUGCUCGUACCCGUGGCCGAGCUCGCUCACGAACCAAGCAGCUCCGUCGUAUGGCCAUAGACGUCUCACGCGAAGAUCUCCGUCUGCGCAUUUCAUCCCGGCUACCAUCUUUCCAACGGGAAGGGCUGCAACACUUCAAAGACGAGCUAAAGAGAGGCCGCUGUGAUCAAACCGAGACUAGACCAGGUGCUACUGAAUCACCUACGCGAGCCACGUCCCAACUGCCAAAGAACCUCGUGAAGCGAUUCACCGAUGCGCAUGGAGAUACCUGGCUCAAAGCUAAAGAUGCGGCGCAAGAAUUGGGCAGGAAGAUGUCUCGCAAGUCACGCAGUCCAAGGAGAGUCACGAGGCCGCGAGACACGAUGACCUUCGGUCGCCACGGGCAGUUGAUUGACAAUGGUGAUGAGAAAAUAGUUCCCCUGGCCAAGACCAGCCCUGGAGAGAACUUGAGCUGUGCCCUGAGUCUGCAGCCUCCACCAAGAGGCGACGACGUUGCACCGAAAAGCUUCAACAUGCACCACAACAACCCAGUCGCUCGCGAGACCAAUUCCUCUACUGAUCCCGAUAUCUUGUCUACAAGCCCCAACAGUGUCAAGACGUCUGUCGACUCAUGGCAGACUCAUCUAGCGCAAGACCUCACCACACCCCGCCUGCGCAAACAUGUCCUUGUCCUUCCAGUCCCUGGUACCACAACUCCUGCCCCUCUUCUUAACGGCCGGGCCAAACCUCUUCUCGACCUUCCCAUCGACACUUACCCUUCAACCUCGACCUCCGCGACCGCUGUGUCCACCUCGAUAACCUCCCACCACUGGCGCUCCUUACCCUCCAAUGGCAGCAACCCCUUCUCUCACGAUUCAUAUGAAUACUCCAGCGCAUCCAACCCCGACACUAGUUCGUCAAAGAUUAACACAGAAGACGCGCAACGCCGCCUCCUCUGUGUCUCUACCGCACCUUCCAUUCCCACAACAGCCACCUCCACAUCCUUCUCCAUCCGCACCCCACCACUCCAUGGCCAACGCCUCGCCAGCUUAGUCAAUAGCGAGGAGUUCGACGACCUCGACCUCUACAGCACGCGCGUAGGCAACGACAACAUCGAGCGCGAGAUGGAGAUGGUCGGUCUCACAGAGAACCCUUGGCGAGGACCGAGCAUGAACACUGACGAGGCGUAUGAGGCUGCCAUGGCAAGACAUGGCGAGAGUCGUGUUCGGAGCGCAGCCAGUGAGGAAGCGAGGGUUGUGUCCGCAGAUUCGGAUCCGUUCAGAGACAGCAAAGCGAGCACAACGCCCCGUGACCCCAGCUACGACGACGGUAUAACUGAACCGCCGGCGGCGGUCGUCCCUCCGCCAAGCAGGACUGUGAAUCAACACUUCAACAAUGAUAGCCCUCAGAUCAGCUUCGCGGCUCGCAUCGCAGCGCCGAAUUCAACGGCACCAGAAAUCAUGCACCACUCCCCGAACCCUUCCCCACCAACCACACCCCCAGUCCAUACCACCACUGGCACAAGCACUCAACUCGCCUUCCACGCUCUCUCGACGCCCUUCCACCACUCCCUCCAACCCCAUUGCCACAGCCACCACGUGCGAACAAUCGACAGCGUCCUGCAUUCCACAUCGAUCGCUGAGGAGGCGCCGCGUCCACGAUCCGCCCCUAAUGGCCGCUCACAAGGACCAGGACGAAGACAAGCCCACCCCACGAUCACGCACCUCCCCGUCGGCUCGCGCGCUCCCGAAGCACCCGACGAUUUCGCGCUCGGCGCGUCGCCAACGUCGUUGUUCUCGUGCGUAUGGUUGCGAUGGACCUGUCCCGGUCUCGACGCCCGGACUGGCCCAACGGCCGACGCUGAUGCCGAUGCUAGCCUGUCUGGCGAUUCCAGCGACGGUCCUGGUGCAAGAGAACUCGCCCGUGGCAAUGCUGAUGCCGGUGCCGUUGCGAGCACAGACGCACGUGGAAAGGCUGGUGGUGCAUGUGGCAAAGUGGCAGGCUGGAGCGUCAAGAGCUGUCUCUGCUCGGGCACGGUGCAGCUUGCUGAUGGGUACCGACGAGGCCAGCAGGCGUAUGAAAUGGGCAAUGCUUACGGGCUGGGCAAGGAUAACGUCAACGCCAAGAGCAAGGGAACAGAGAAGGUGAACCUGGAUGCGGAGUGUCGCAGCGGGGCGCCGGUCGUGCGGUAUGUUGUCGGCAAGCGACUCUGCGAGAGAUGCUCCGCGGACAAGAAGGUGGUGGACGACGUGGGACGUGAUGAAUCAUGA